GAGGACGCGAAUCAAGUGAAACAAAUCUCCUGACAGGAGAAAAGUUGGUGCUGGAGUUCUCAAAGACCUCCGAAGGCCUCAUGAAGUCCCAGCUGAACAUGGAGAGUUUGACCAAGCCAGAGGUGCUGAUGCUUUUCAGCAUUUUGGAAGGAGAGCUGGAGGCCCGGGACCUGGUCAUUGACGCCCUGAAGGCCCAGCGUAAAGAGCUGUUUAUCCAGGAGCGCUACAGCAGGUACAACCUCAGCGACCCCUUCAUGGCCUUGCAGAGAGACGGCGAGGCGGUCGGGGACCAGAACAAGGAUCAGGGCUGUUCCUCCUCCACCUCCAACCCGCUGGUGGUUCUCAAACUGGUGGUGAGCCACUGCAGGAGGAUGCAGGAGAAGAUGUUGGCCCAGCUGGCUGCGGCGGAGAGCAGGCACAGGAGGGUCAUUGCAGACCUGGAGGAGGAGAAGAGGCGGCACGCCGAGGACACGGCGGAGGGAGAUGAUGUCACCUACAUCCUGGAGAAAGACAGGGAGCGCUUACAACAACAGCUGGAGUUUGAGCGCGGCCAAGUGCGGCGGCUGGAGAAGGAGCAGCGGCGGGUGACAGACCAGCUGGAGGAAGAGCGGGCUCAGCACAAGCAGCUCUCCUGCGCGCUGGCCAAGGAGUGCAAGUGGGCGAGUACCAGGGCCCUGGAGGAAGGCCACCGGCUCACCGAGCUGAGCCGCAAGCUCGACAAGGAGAAGGAGGCUUGUCAGCUCCUGAGGACGGAGUUGGAGGAGGAGAGGAGGAGAUCCCUGCGGAUGGAGGCGCGGGUGGAGGAGCAGCUGGCCGAGUUCGACACCGAGCGAGAGCAGCUCCGCUCGCGCCUGAGGAAGGAGGAAGCUCACUGCCGCCAGCUGCAGCGCCAGGUAGAAGAGCUGAAGACGAGGCCGCAGCAGGGGAGGCCUGCGGCGGGAUGCGUUAGAGACGCAUCAGCCGCUCCAGGAGAGGCAGACGGACUCGAGUGGGCAACAAAAGUCCCGCCGGGACAGACGGCGGUAGACGACGUGACGGUCGAGGACAUCGAGGAGGACGCGACCGACGCCGACCAGUGUGCGAUGGACGCCGACGGGGGCCGCGGGCCGGACUGCGGCCUCCCAGGCGUCGACCGCGUCCGUAACGGAGGUGAGAGCCCUCCGACCCAGAAUUCCUUCUCCUGCUGCACGCUGCCGCCCCGCUCCCCCUGCUCCUCGCCCGUCCUCGCCAAACAGCCCCCGGGCAGCCACCAGUCUCCCUACCAGGCCGGCAUCAACCAGCGUUUCCACGCCGCCCGUCACAAAUUCCAGGGCGCGGCCGACCCGGAGCCUCAGGCGCAGGCCCCUCAGGCGGCUCCCCCCCUCUCGCAGAAGGACCCCUGCCCAGCGGCCGGCGGCUCCUCCCCCAGCGAGGCCAGCCCCAUCAAGCAGAUGGCCCGGAGCACGGUCACGCAAGCCCUGUCGCGCUUCGCCACCGCGCAGCAGAGCGCGGCGCCGAAGCUGGCCGCGCCGUCGAACAAUUCGCCCUUCGGCACGGACUACCGCAGCCUGGCGGCGCCCUCGUCUCCGGUCAUCGGGAGGGCGGCCGGAGCGCUGCCGCUGGGGAUCCGGUCGCCCACCAUCGCCAGGGCGGACAGGGGCAACCCUCCGCCCAUCCCGCCCAAGAAGCCCGGCCUGGCGCAGGCCCCUCCCUCGCCGGCCACGGUGCCCAGGUCCGCCGGCCACUACUCCGACGGGCCGCUGUCGGGCAGCUGCGGCCUCACCUCCGGUCAGGAGGGGGUCAAAGAGCUGGACCUGGUGGUUUCUUCUAACUGAUAACCGAGGGAGGGGGGGGGGAUCGGUCAGCUGCUGCUCUGCGUGUGACCACGUGGUUUAGUCCACGUCUCAUCGUUCCGAUUGUUGAGAUGUCGUUUUGUACAUGAGAGGAUUCAAACACUGUUACAAUCGUAUUUAUUCUUCUUUUAUUUGUACGCGCUGAGGCACUAUUUUAGAUUCCACAUGUCAUAUUUCCAAAGAAUACAAAUCAGUUAGUAACCUGAAAUUGUAUUAUGUUGCUUUUUAUAUAAACAAAUCCUUUAAUCUUCAGACCAAAUGUAACUAAUGGUUCUUGAACCAGUAUUUUGUAACGUAUAUCUAAUGCACGUGAUUGUCUUUUAUAGAAAUCUACAGUUUAUUUUAUUAAUGAUCCUUGAAUAAUAGGUUAACAAUAGAUCAUCUAAAAGUGUUGUAUUAAGCUUUGAUCAUAUAGUUUAAUGUGCUGUUAGUUGAAACCAUUGUAUAAUAUUUUCUUUAAGAGUAGUGCUUCUGAUAAGAAAUCAUUAUAAAACAUUGCAUUGCUUUAUAUUCAACCAUGAAUAAUACUGUAUCAUAACAUUACCGUGUUGGUUAUUUUUACUUUUCAAGGUCCUUUACAGUCUUGUAAAUACUGGAAAGUGAAAAAUAUAAUAAAUGAAUUCCAAAGUUG